UAAAGCAGCCAAUGGGAACGCGGAUCCAAUUCUAACCAAUUGAGGUGAACUACGGCAAGAUACGUCAAUACAAAGAACCCUCAGCCAAUACAAAUUAUGGCCAGAGGAAACCCUGAUUUGCAUGCCGUCCCUAUAAAAGGAGGGCGCCCACGCAGACUCCACAUCUGCGAUCGAUACUUUUUUACCGAAGUUGCGCUGAAAGAGUCGUUGUAAUGCCUGAGCCGGCCAAGUCCGCCCCCGCGCCCAAGAAGGGCUCCAAGAAGGCGGUGACCAAGACGCAGAAGAAGGGCGACAAAAAACGCCGCAAGAGCCGCAAGGAGAGCUACUCGAUCUACGUGUACAAGGUGCUGAAGCAGGUGCACCCCGACACGGGCAUCUCGUCCAAGGCCAUGGGCAUCAUGAACUCCUUCGUGAACGACAUCUUCGAGCGCAUCGCCGGCGAGGCCUCUCGCCUGGCGCACUACAACAAGCGCUCCACCAUCACCUCGCGGGAGAUCCAGACGGCCGUGCGGCUCCUGCUGCCCGGCGAGCUGGCCAAGCACGCCGUCUCCGAGGGCACCAAGGCUGUCACCAAGUACACCAGCUCCAAGUAAGCUGCCUCGGCCCCCUGCGCCAGACCUUCUCAAACCAAAGGCUCUUUUAAGAGCCACCCACCUGCUCAUAAAAAGAGCUGACGCUGUAGUGACUUGUUUGUAGCUGCCCCGCGAACUUCAGGGAAAAAAGUAAAAAAAACCGCUUAGCUAUUUAUUUCUUUAGUGAACAUAGAUGUUACUCUUG